AUGAAGAUCUUCCAUUCACUGUCCUGUUUGCUCUCGCUGGUCCUGAUCAACAGACCCGCUCAGGCCGUCCACCAUCCGAAGCAUUCCACCUGGAUGCUGGAAAGUGUCAUCGCGCGAGGCGAAGGAAUCAACCCGGCCGACGGCCUAUUAGGAGUCAUUCAAAAGGGAUUAUUUCAACAAGCGCUCCGAGCAGCCAUCGCCCAGUCUAGCGACCCAGGGGAGAUCGCAAAAUGGACGGAUUAUCACCGUCGCAGCGUGGAGGCCAAUAUAGAGGACCUCCUCAAUGCGACGGCGUCCUCACGCAACCUGUCACUCGAUCGAUUAUGUGUCGGUCGUUCGAUUAUCGAGAUGGAUCUUGACGGGCCUGUCCAUCGCAACGUACUCAAGGCCCUCCGCAAAUCCCUCGACCUGCAAUCUCGCAACGAGAACUCUGGACUGUGGUACUUCGUCGACCCUCCGCCUCCCUACAUACCCUACGGCAAUCUCUCUUACAGCGAUGGCAUGUAUGGCUUCGCACCCUUUGCCACCUUGUAUGGCUUCACUUAUGGUGACCCACACGUGAACCUCGAUUCCGCCCUGCUUCAGCUGAGCCUUCUCUACAAUCACAGCAUAGAGCUGUCUACGGGUCUGAUUAAGCACGGCUAUGAUGCCUCGCGAAAAGCUCCUUGGGCCCACCCAAUCACCGGAGCCAGCCCCAUUGUGUGGGGGCGGAGUUUAGCAUGGUAUCUCAUCGGGACGCUGGAUACCCUGCAGAUCAUCGAUUCCAAGUAUGAGGAUCGCUCUGAGUCAAUGCAGAAGGAUGAGACCGUCCAACUCAUCCUCGCAAUGUUUCAGCGUCUCGCCCGAGCGACGGUGAAUGCGAUCCAGGACUCCGCCCGAAAGACGGGUCGUUAUGCCGUCUGGCAGGUGAUGGACCAAGCCGGAGAGCCGGGGAAUUUUGUCGAAGCCAGUGCUAGUGCCAUGGUCGUGUAUGCUCUGGCCAAGGGGGCGCAGCUAGGUUAUUUACCGAGUUCCGGCCGUUCGCCAUCUUCGGAAAUAGUUGUGGGACAUGGCGCAUCCUCGUAUCUUCGGAUCCAGGGCACGAUGCGGCGUUCCCAUGACCAGGAACAAUACCAGGGCGUACUGGAUCUUGCUCGCGCUCUCUACCAAGAUGUGAUUGAGCAUUUUGUUGUGCGGAGGCAAGAGGACAACCUGUUGGAUUUCCUCGGGACAAGCAUCAUUGCCAGCUUGCAUGAGGACAAGCCGUAUUACGAGUAUUAUACACAUCGAGCUGUCACUACCAACAGCUUGAUUGGGACGAGCGCGUUCGUGCUGGCCUCCCUAGAGAUGGAGCAAGCGGGCAUUUUGUAG